UGUGUUGUGCUUUCAAAAUAUUUUCUUUUUUAAUAGUUUUCUUUUCCCAAUUGAUGAUAGAGAUUGCAGUACUUGUAAAACAGGAAGCAAAUAAGAAGAACAAUUGUGAUUUGUGAGGGGGUUAAUUUAUUUUCCUUGUCUGCAAAAUCUCAUAUCUCUUGUAAAGAAGAAAGCAAAUCAAUUGCAAGCUGUAUCUCUUAAAGUGCAUUCUAAAUUCCACUCCUUUGCCGGUUACAUUCCGCAAAAUUCUACCUUUUUAUAAGGCUAAACAACCACCUGAUGACUUCCCAUAUAUCUGAUUUCUUAUCUUCUUCAGUUUUCAACAAUGUCUUCCAGAAGAAAAGUACAAAUGUCGAUGUGGAAAGAAGGGGAUAGGAGAACUAGUCCUCGAAUAUCUGGUUUGAAUGCGUGCAAGGUUGAGCAAAUGAAGCGCGUGAAAGUUGGAGUUGGAGUUAGAGUUGGUCCUUGUACAAAUGCUCGCUUAAAUGGACCAGCCUCUCGAACAAGAGCCAGGAAAAAGAGAAAACUCAGACCCCUUGAAGAUGUGGCUGCUACUUGUGUUUCACCCAUUGCUCAACUGUCUCAAGAUCCCGAAUCAAAUGGCAUGGACGAGGAUAAAAAGCAAGACCACAAAGACCAUCCGAAUAAUAAUGAUAAACCACUUCUGCUGUGUGAUAGAGGCAAUCAAGCUGCUUACCCUGAUGAACCAUCAGGUGGCCCAUCUGCCCCAUGGAUGCCAGAAAAACGCAUACUUGAGCUUAUCCUUGACAUACUACAAAGGAGAGACACCCAUGAAAUAUUUGCUGAACCAGUUGACCCUGAAGAGGUGGAGGAUUAUUAUGAAAUCAUCAAAGAACCUAUGGAUUUUGGCACCAUGAGGGCUAAACUUCAUGAAGGAUUGUAUACAAGUCUUGAACAAUUUGAGCAUGAUGUAUUUCUGAUAUCUGGGAAUGCUAUGCAUUUUAAUUCCUCAACCACCAUUUAUUUCAGACAGGCUCGUGCAAUACAUGAACUGAGUAAAAAAGUUUUUCAUGCUCUUAAAACCGACCCAAAGAAUUUUGAAUCGGAGUUCUCAGAAACGAGACGAAGAACUGUUAGAAGGCUACAAAGUGAAGCUAGGAGUCCAAUUUAUAGCUCAAGUCACAAGCAUACUACAAAUUUGAGAACCAAUAGCACAGCUGUUAAUGAUUCAUCAAAAGUUGUUUCUAAUUCAUUGAGUGGUUCAUCAAAUCUCAAGAGAAGUAGUCGAGGAAACACAUGGUGCUCUAGUGCUGCAACUCCUUUUAGUGAAAGAGAUCCUGAAAUGCUUCCUGGUGCUAAAGAUGGUCGAAGAACUAGUUUUUCUGAUGCAGAUCGGCGUUCUACAUAUAAUACCUGUGCACCCUUCCUGAAUGAGUAUGAUUCAGUUGUGUCAACAAUACAUGAUAAUUCAAAGGCUCUAAAGCAUGUGAGUCAGCAGGAUAUUGGUUAUAGAGAAAGCUUAAUGCUGUUUGUUAGAGAUUUAGGACCAACAGCCCAAAUGAUUGCCGAAAGAAAGUUACAUGGAUUAUCCACUGCCAGUUUUCAGAUAUCAAAUUCAAACUGUUGGUUCCAGACUCCAAAAUGUCAAACUCCUGCUGCAUUUGCCUCGGCCCAACAGAGACCUACUGCUUUGGACACUACCUUCAGUUCUUCGAUUUCUCAAAAUCUAUCUGACCACCAUCAAGGAUAUCGAACUUUUCCUGGAAACAGCAGUCACAGGACUGACCUGUGUGAUAUUGAUAAACGAGGGAAAGCUUAUACUGGCGACAGAUUGGGUACAGAUUCCCCUUCCUUAGAGGUCAAACCCAACAAUGACGGGAGGAAAAUUCCAAGUGCCUUCGGAAGGAUCAUUUGCACCAGCAGUGCAAUAAAUGCCAUAGGUGUUUUAGGGAGUGACAAAGCUCAUAAGGGUGAAAAUAAUGGGAUUAACUUGAACUUAAAUUCCUCCAUGGCUGCUAGAGAGUUGAAUUUCUCAGUUAGAGGGUUAAAAGACGCAGGCGAAAAAUCAACAAUGAUAUCAGACAAGAACAAGUUGGAUAAUCAAGCAUGGUCAUUGGAUUCAAACAUGGAGUAUUCUCCGUCAGACAUGUUUAAAUUCAACUUGCUAAAUAAUGCUAGUUCAUCAUCACUGUCGGGGCCUCUACAAACCACGAGUAUGUCAACUUCUUGUCAAACAAAGGCAUCCCUAAGCAAUCUAGGUUCACAAUGUUUGAGAGGUGAUGUUGGAGCCAUUGCUUCACGAGGUCAAAGCCACAACGAACUGGGUUCAUCAGGGACUAGCCAAGCCAUAGAAUCAAGCCAACCGUUGCCUCUUGUUUCCCAGUUUACUUUUGAUCUACCAUAUUUGAAAACAAGAUUGGAUCAGAUAAAUACCUCCUCAAGGCAAGAUAGAUUGUUGCAGCAAUGCUCAGGUACUGGGGGGUCCAUUCUGGAAAAAAUGAGUUAUCAAAGAGUUGAUAAUCAUCACCAAUCCUCGUUGGAUCCUAAGCAUACUGAUCUGGUUCUUCAGCUGUAAGAUAUUUAUAUAAAUUCCAAAUCUUUAAAGAAAAAGUAGCAUAUUGAUGUUAAAAAAAAGAUCUCUUUUGACAUUUUCACUACUGGGGCUUAAUCUCCCGAUCUUAUUUUAAUCAAGAGUGGAUAAAAGAGAAAGGUGACAGGAUUAAGAUGAGUAACGCUUCACGUCUAAACAAA